UUUGAUGUGCGAAUUACCUGUUUAACGGGAAACAGUGAUAAACGAAUAAAUAUAAUAUUGAAAUAAAAAGUACACAGAAUCCAAAUAUUUAAAACGGUAUUAUUCCGUUGGUGAAAGUCUUCGUCGCUUCGGUCACUUAAAGACGUAAGCUGCUAGGCAUUUCUCUCACAAUCUGCGCGUUUUCCUUUCUCAUGAGUGCUUGUCGCGUAUACGCCACCGUAACGCAUUAGGGCGUGUGAUAAGAUGGUUCCACACAAACUGUUAACAAUUGUGAAUACACUGAUGUCUUCAUUUUAAGCAGUUAGUGAAUUUCGAUGUAGACAAGAAUGUAAGCAACAAGUUAAAUCAAAGGGCUAAAAUCAGGAAAGUGAAGCUUAGAGGGCAAUUUAAAAGUAAAAGUGUAAACUAAAUCGAAAGCAAUAGAAAAAUUAAGAAAAAAGCAAACAAAAACAAAAUAAAAUAAAAUAAAAAACUGCAACCAAACGAGAGUGAGAGAGACAGAGAGGGAGGGAAGUGCAUGCAAAUGAGUUGAAAAGUUUUCCCUAGCCAAAGCACUGCAAAAAAUAGUGAACAGUUCGCCGUUCCAUUGAAGUCACCGAUAAAAUAACGGUGCAUAGUGUUUCCGGUCUGCUUAAAACAAAGCAACAACACAAAACAUGAAGUGAAGUGAAGCCGGAAAAUUGCUGAAACCGUAUCGACCCGUCGGCGUGAGUGUGCAAGUGCAAAAUGCAAUGGUGAAAAUAAACUUUUGUUUGUUUGUUUGUGUGCGAGUGUAGUCACAGCUAAGUCUGUCAUCCCGUCGUCCCGUCGCUUAUCGCUCGUUCCGCGUGCCUACACGCCGGUGUGGCUCAAUAAAGUGACGAAAAUCCUCUCGGUCUCGACAUCUGCGCGCGACAGUCGAUUCGUGCUCAACUGUGCAAGUGACUCAACAAGUGCGGAACAGGGUUUAAACUCUACGUUUUAUUACCCUUAAAUGGGUGGAAUAAAAUAUAAGAAAUACCAAGCUUACCUGCAGACCAAAAUUGAAUUUAUGCACGAUCAUAUGUUCCAAAAGCGGAGCAGUUAAAUUACGGAGUUUCCUUUAUCAAACGAUUUAGCCACACCGAACCAAAAUGUAUGGAUUCGUUAAUUACGCCUUGGAGCUGCUUGUGCUGAAGAACUUCGGUGAAGAAAUAUGGGACCAAAUAAAGAAAAAAGCGAUGGUCAGCAUGGAAGGUCAGUUUUUGGUGCGACAAACAUAUGACGAUGAAAUCACCUACAAUCUCAUCGGCGCGGCGGUGGAAAUUUUACAUAUACCAGCCGAUGAUAUAUUGGAGCUCUUUGGUAAGACUUUUUUCGAGUUCUGCCAGGAUUCGGGUUAUGACAAAAUUUUGCAAGUGCUGGGCGCCACACCGCGCGACUUUCUGCAGAACUUGGAUGCGCUGCAUGACCAUCUGGGCACCCUUUACCCCGGAAUGAGGGCACCUUCAUUUCGUUGUACAGAGAAGGAUGGCUCACUCUUGUUGCACUACUACUCGGAGCGUCCCGGUUUGGAGCACAUCGUGAUUGGUAUUGUUAAGGCGGUGGCAUCCAAACUGCAUGGCGUCGAGGUGGAAAUAGAGAUCGUCAAGCGGAAAGGUGAUCCCAUCGAUGAAGAAGACCGCACAGAUGUAUUUACACAACAACAACAACAACAGCAGCAAUCAAGUAGCACAGUACCAACUGAAAAUCUACCAGAAGAGAAUAACAAUCACAAUAACACCAAUAAUAAUGCCAGCAAUAACAAUAACAACGAAAACGAUGCGGAUGACGACGAUGAUGUGGUGGUGUUAUCGGCCGCAGAUGUUAGCAAUAAAAAGCAAGCUCGUUGUCCUUUUGGCCGCACCAAAUCGCACUCGGCCUCGUCGUUGAGCAGCGGCGGCAAGCAGACGGAUAGUUUCGACAGCGACCCCGACAAACAGGAGCAGAAAUGUUUGCGUUUGCUCAAAAACAAGAGCGACGACAUCGAACGCUACGAUCAUGUGCAGUUUCUAAUUCGUGAAAUCGGCACCAGCAGCAGCAAUGCCACGGCGGGCGCCGGCAACGCCACCACAACGGCCACCACGUCGCUGGCGUCGUCGGCGAGCGGGGACGAGCGCGCGAUAGCCACUUGCCGGGAGGAGGCCAAGGAGCCGCCGGAUGAGAUAGACUUUUUGUGUGAAGGUGAGGAAGAUUCAGAGUGCACAAGCACUAGCAAAGAGAUUGAUCUGCCGGAUGAAGUGUAUUUUAUAAGCGAAGCGCCGCUUAUCUCGCCCGCCACAUUCUGCAAGGUGUUCCCAUUCCACUUGAUGUUCGAUCGGCAAAUGAAAAUUGUGCAGGCCGGCAAAUCCGUUUCGCGCGUCAUUCCAAGAGUUGCGGUGGAAAACUGUUCCAUAUUGGAGGUACUCGAGGCCAUACGUCCGCAUUUACAGCUAAGCUUCGAAAACAUUUUGUCGCACAUCAACACGAUUUACGUACUGCAGACGCGUCAAGGGGCGAUGGGCAAGCAUGAGCGGUACCUAAGGUUAAAGGGUCAAAUGAUGUACAUACCAGAGUCCGAUCGAAUACUGUUUCAGUGCUAUCCCAGCGUCAUGAAUUUGGAUGAUUUGACAAAGAAGGGUCUCUACAUUUCCGACGUCCCGCUACACGACGCCACCAGAGAUUUGGUGCUGCUCUCUGAAAAAUUCGAGGCUGAGUAUAAAUUGACAAAGAAUCUGGAGCUGCUUACCGAUAAGCUGCAACAAACCUACAGAGAUUUGGAAAGCGAAAAGCAGAAAACGGACAGGCUCCUCUACUCGGUUCUACCCAAAUCAGUGGCCAAUGAGCUGCGGCACCAACGCCCCGUGCUGCCUAAACGUUAUGAUUCGGUGACGCUGAUGUUCUCCGGCAUCGUGGGCUUUGGCAAAUACUGCGCUGAGAAUACCGACGCUGAGGGUGCCAUGAAAAUCGUCAAAAUGCUGAAUGAAUUGUACACGGUCUUUGAUGCGCUAACCGAUUCGAAGCGAAAUCCAAACGUUUAUAAGGUGGAGACUGUUGGCGACAAGUAUAUGGCUGUGUCGGGCUUACCCGAUCACUGUGAGGACCAUGCCAAAUGCAUCGCCCGAUUGGCCCUGGACAUGAUGGAUAUGGCAAAGAAUGUGAAAAUGGGCUCCAGUCCUGUUCAAGUGACAAUUGGCAUUCAUUCGGGCGAGGUGGUGACCGGCGUUAUCGGCAAUCGUGUGCCACGCUACUGUCUCUUCGGCAACACGGUGAACCUGACCAGCCGCACAGAGACCACGGGUGUGCCGGGACGUAUCAACGUCAGCGAGGAAACUUAUCGAUUGCUCUGCCAGGAGAUUAACCACGAUGAUUCAUUCAAUCUCGAAUACCGUGGCCCAGUCGUGAUGAAAGGUAAACCAACACCGAUGGAUUGUUGGUUCCUAACACGCAACACUUCGGCGACAGCAACACGCGUUAGCGUUACCGACUCUCCAUUGCCACCGAGCACACCACCACCAUCAUCAUCGACGGCAACAAACUCGAAAACCAAUAGCAACAACGCAGCAGGGAUCGUCUGCAGAAUAAGCGAAUCAUCUGCCGCAACUGUGGCAGCAGCUACGCAGCCAUUAUGCACAGCAGAUGAUGGUGCUGCAACUAGUCAAGCACCUCUGGCAACGGCACACGCAAACACUUUCUCACCCACAUCGCCGGCCUCAUCAUCAUCCUCCUCGGCCGUUACCGUGGCAAGUGGCGGCGUCGCAACCGCCGGAACAGACACCAACAUUGAUGUGCCAGCAGCUGCGCCACCUGCUGAAUUGACAUAGGAAAUGUGCAACGACUCGUCAUGCUGCUGCUGAAACAUACUUUAAGUACGGAGUGGGGGAGAAGAGAGUGAAAAUGCGGCCAGCACAUGAAGUGAGUGCGGUACAGAUUAGAUUGGAUUGGUUUGAAUUACAGCGGCUUAGAUUGCAAUGUUGUUGGCGCAUGAAGGGAGUAGAGCACUGAAUUUCCACAGCACAUAACAGACGUUGUGGAUGACACCUUAAACUUUUCCACCUUACAACUCUCUCAUCUUACUCUGGUACUUUAGGUUUGAAUCGCCGCACAUGGGAGCCACCAGAAGGAAAACCAUAGACAUUACUCCUAAGGUGAUUUCUAAAAAGAAUAAAUAAGUUAAACAGUUCCCUUAUGUUUGUUCAAUAGUUACAAGAACACAUUUAUAUACGCGAACCUAGCAUAAUGUACUGUUAUUGUAAACACUUGCAACCAACUGCCUUCUAAAGUGAGUUCAGGAGAAAAUAAAAGCACAUUUUUAUGUAUAGAUGAGUCAUUAGUAUUAUUUGUUACAUAAAUUAUUAGUCAACCUUGUUAGUCCAAUGAGACAUUCUUUUGAAAUUGCCUCCUCUCAUGAAUUGCCCUCAUGCCUCAUGUUUCUUUGUCUAAACACAACGGGUAUGAUAUCUGUUCCAAAAGGUUUCUUCAUAACAAAGAGCUAACCAGCACAAAGGAUAUUUAAAUCGCAUAAAUCGUAGAUUUGAAGAGUCUUUAACUAAUAUGUAGCUCUAAGCAAAUUCAAUAGAUAAACUAUAAGCCAAGAAACACUCGUAUAUACAUACACAUACAUAUACGAUUGGUAGAUAAUUGUAAACCUUUUCCAAACGCAAUCUAUUAAAGCAAAUAUUCUAAUUAAAACUGCUCUAUGAAGAAGAAAAUAUAAAUAAAUAAUUAAAUAAAGGUAUUAAAAUUAAAAUGUUUAUUAUAAUAGAAAACUCACACAAACACUAACCCACUUGAGAACACUAAAGCACACCAACAACUCACGUAUUCGUUAUUAGGCACGUAAAGCGAGCGUGAGCAAUGGAGUAUACAAGGUGUUACAAUGCGUAUUUGUUUAAGAUAACUGAAAUAAAUAUAUUACAACUGAAAACCUAUACAUAUUGCGAAUACGAGUAGAAAGUUCCGGCUUGUGUGUUCGGAAGUAAAUACUUAGUUCUAGGCAACUUAAGCAAUUCUACUAGCUAAUA